AGAGACCGGCGUCAUAUCCAGUAUUAUCCAACCUAGCUACGCGGAGCCGGCUCAGUCGUGUGAUAAACGUGGAGCACCUAGGUAGGUGCGUCCACACAUCCAUCCGACACGCUGGUGAACAAUGUGCCCGUGGACCCCGCGAAACGGAACACGACCAGCUCAAUAAAGUGUUGCGAAACAAUCCAGUGUCGUUUCACUACCGUGUUUUUAUUCGGAUCUGUGCGAAAUUAAAAACUCGGAAGUCGCGUCUUAAACACCGAAGAAAUUGGUACCAAGGUGUUUUCAGGUAUCAAAAGAAAGAAAAUUAUCAUAAGAGGAUGAGUCUUCGUUGGAUUCACGAAAACUUAGAAGCACCGACAUGCGACGAAGAAUGCAGCGACAUCGAUGAUAGUUGCAGCGACGACAGCUAUGAUUCCGAUCUAUCGAUCGGCGAGGAGAAAGGAACAGGAAACGAGAAAGAGAUCAAUGGGGAUCGCAGAUGGAAAAAGGAAAGCAGACGACACUCGACGGCUACAAUGAAGUUCGACGAGAAUGGAAAGUCACGUUACAUCACCAACGAAUCGGUUAAACCUCCUCCUUGCGUAAUAUGGGAUCCCAGGAAACCAGCUCAGAAUCCGGUGUACAAUUGUUUGGUAAUUAAACUGUUUUGCCGAACUGGUUAUCAUCUUGGAGUUUCGGAAUCGGGUCGUGUUAGAGGGUUGAGUGCUACAAACGAACCACACGGUUUGCUUCAUAUCAUACCGGUUGCUUUCGGCGUGAUUCGAAUACAAAGUAUCAAGACUAGUCUGUAUCUGGCUUUCAACAAGAAAGGACGCUUAUACGGGGAACCAAAUGCAAAUAAGGAGACCACAGAAUGGGAACAAUGGAACAUUGGUUCCUAUGAUGCUUUUCGCUCGAAAAAGUACGCUAAUUAUGGAUGGUGGAUAGGGAUAAAGAAGAAUGGGCGAGCAAAACCAGGAUCAAGAACACGAUGGGGACAGAAAGCGAUACAAUUUUUAGCAAUACGACAAGAAUAAUUCGUAUGAAUUAUGUUUUAUAUGCUCUGUUUAUAAUUAAUCAUUGAAUCAAAUUAACAGAUAGAUUACAGAAACA